AUGGAUGCAACAGUAAGCGGCAAGAAUCCCGAGGGCACGCAGAGCAAUCACCAUGACAAGGACGCGAAGAAGUGCGUGAAUAAGUAUUCCAAGAAAUGCGCAGAACAAAGGGAUGAAAAACACGACGCUGUGAAGGAGAGUGCCACCACCACACUGGAAGAGAAAAAGGACUUGAAAUAUCAAAAGAACCAAUUCGGAAUCAGAUUGUACGAUAACGACCUAAAGUACAGUGAUGACAUUCAGACGAUAAUAAAAAAGGUUAUUAACGAAAAGAAUAUCCAUUUUUUCAAAAAGUACUCUUCCUUCCUCCUUUACCUAAGCAACGAGGUGGAGUACAUAGACAUCGAUGAUCGGAGUAAGCUACACAAGAAGGAAGCCAAUGAUGAAAACACCAAGGUGUUUUUUAAAAUUCAGCUCACUCCACAUAAUAUGAGCAUUAUUUAUAAUAUACUGGACAGAAAAAUGAUAGAAAAAAUAUUAUCCUUAUGUGAAAAUAAAUACAAAAAAAGCAAAACCUCCAUCGGAUAUGCAACAGAUAAACAGGAAAAUUACAAAAUUACAAAUUCUUCCAACAGAACAAGCUCUACAGUAUUUCUAUAUACAAUUAGAGAUCGAUCCAUGAUAGAGCAAAAUCAAGUAGAUAGCGAAAGCUCUAUCGUCUACACAAAGGAUGAAAGUAUUAUGGACUUAGAAAAUACCAUAUGCAAUUUAGUUAAAAUACCAUUAUGCUAUCUGGAACCCCUAGCCAUUGUAAAAUAUGAGAAAAAUAAUUACUUCAAUGUACACCAUGAUGGAACCUUUAGAAGAGCUACUCUUCUAAUAUACCUAAACGACGUAGACCAAGAUGGGGAAACCAUUUUCCCUCAUUAUAAUUUAUCCAUCAAACCUAUUCAAGGGUCUGGUAUUUUUUGGUACAAUAACAUUCCCGUGGAAGAUGAUUAUGCCAUUACGUAUUGUGUAAACCGGAUAAACGAAGUUAAUGAGAAAGAAAGAUUGAAAACUUUUCAAAAUUUGGAACCCAAUGUGAACUCCUCCACUUCGUCACUGACACAACCCACGGCGACUGUACAAUCCUCCCCUACAGAAGACAACCACAGUGCCAAUUUUUCCUCAUCUAAAUGUAUACCCCCCAAUUCCACCACCACGAAUAUGAACAGCACAAAUUUGAACACAACAAAUGUGAACACAACAAAUGUGAACACAACAAAUGUGAACACAACAAAUUUGAACACCACAAAUCUGAACACAACAAAUUUGAGCACAAACGGAGAUGACCUCUCCAGUACCUACAAAAAUCCCAUCAACAAAACGGUGGACCUAAUUAAUUUUUUGAAGGAUAAGUCGAAUUUAGAAAAGUUCUCCAUCGAUAUAAUUAAUGAUGAAUUGGGAAACAUGUACAUCGCUGAUAUGACUAUGUUGCACAAGGCCAACAAAGUUUCGGAUGAAUACAAAUAUGUAAUAAAUUGUUUUUUCAAUAUUAAUAUAGUUAGGAAUGUAUGA